UUUAAUAAACAAUUAAAUGGUCUCCAAUAUUAGAGAAUUAUUUUCUGUUGGUGAUAGCUGCCUGUAGAGACAAUUUAAGGGGCUUCCUGGACCGGCGACACACAAUGGAAAUGGAUGGGUGAAAUAAAGGCAGCAAGCGAGUAGUGUAGUUGUAGCAGGAGUGUGUGUUCGUGUGCGUGUGAGGUGGUAGUGCGUGUGUAGUACGAACGAGCGUGUGUAAGGUAAACGCAAAACGGUGAAGCGAACCAGGGGAGGCAGCAAACACGCAAAAGAAGUCCCAAAUUGUGAAAAAGAAAACAAAAAGAGAACUAAUUUUGUGUUGGGGAGAAAAAAGACAAAUGUAAAGUGAAGAUGGAAAAUGUGUGGUAAAUGAGAUAAGCGAUUGCAGCCCCACCGCUAGAGCCGGGCAUGUUAGUGCUACUGGUCCGAGGAGCAGAGGCAGAGCAGCAUCCAUCCAGAGCCACAGUCCUCCUGCCCUUUCCCCUGCCACAGCCCCAGGCCCAGCACGCACAGCAGUAAUGAUGCUGGCCGCAGCCGGUCUACCGGCCUACGAUGCCGGUAAGAUCAACAGCAACCCGAGCAACGGGACGGCCGGUGGCGUUGGUGGCACAGUGGGCACUCCCUCGGCAGUGGGUGCCUCGCGUCCCAGUGCUGCCAGUGCACUGAUGAAGACCCUAUCCGUGCGACUGCAUCGCGGCACCGAAUUUAUCAAGGAUACCGUGCAGAAGGCCCUCGUCAUGUCAGCGCCAGCACCCGUGGCCCCGGCCCCGGUCCCAUCACCAACCCCACCACCAGUUGGAUCCGCUGUGCCGCCGGCAAAGCCCAUAACGCUGACCAGUCAGACGCUGAAGCGGAAACUGGCCGGAGCGGGCGGCUUGAUGGGCUGCGGCCCGAGUCGCAUUACAUCGAUCACCGCCAGCUCGAGCAGUGGACGCUUCAUUCUGGCCCAUGCCAACAGGAAGCCCGCUAGCCAGGUGCCGACGGAGGCGUACCUUAAGGUCUACACGGUGGCACCCACUGAACUGCAUCGCUCGGCAGCGGCCCGCGUACGUAAUCCCAGCACUGAUAGCUUACUCAUGGAUCUAUGCCAGUUUAAGCCCAUCCGGCCCAUGCCUUUAACGCCAAUAAAAAUCAACAAAUUCCGCGGCUUUGAACUGAAACGACCCAAAUUUGUGCCCGCCGUGAAUGACAGCGAAGACGAGGACGACGACGAGGAUGAUCCAGAGUCACUCCAAAAACCAAAGCCUAGCUCCGUGAUAUUGCUGCCGCAUAAAGGUUCGGCGUUUGUGCCGAUGCCCUAUAUAGCGAGCCCCAACACCACCGCCGCCGCCGCAAUCACCGCAACCGCCGCCGGCACCGCCACCAGGAGCAGAUCUCGCUCACACAACACUCACACCUCAGGCACAAGCGCAGACGAGCCCAAGCCAAAGCGUCGUCGUCGCGGUCCGCUGCUCACAGCCAGGCGACGCCGCACAAGAGCUGCUGCUGCUUUUGGGGCGCCCCCACCAGUCAACACAUCAGCCUCUCCAGAAGAAGUAUCAGCCAAACCUGUAGCUCCUGUCAAACGCAGGGCAGCCACAAAGAGUGGACCAGCGAAACGCAGUCGUGCUGCAGCUGCCAAUCCCACGCCAGUCGUUGCCACAUCAACCUCGCCGGAUGAAGCAUCCAAGGCGCCUGGCAAACGCAAAUCAUCAACGAAAAGGGAACCAGCGAAACGCAGUCGUGCCGCAGCUCCCGCAGCUGCCAAUCCCACACCAGUCACCACAUCCACCUCUCCGGGAAGAGCACCCCGCGCACGGGGUAAACGCAAGACGGCCCCAGCCGAAGGCCCACAAAACGCAAAACGCAGCUGUCGUGGCUCCUCUCCAGCUCGUCCCUCGCCACCCAUGACGCGUCAACGGGCCCGUAAACAGAUCUCCGCCAGCAGCUGCCAUAGUGGCAGCACUUAAGUUUCAUCUACAAUCAUCUCGGAUGUUCGUUCAGUGGAACGUAAUCCGAUGCGGCAGCAACAACAAUGGGAAAACUCUCCAAGUUCUAAGUCUUUUGGUUCUAGUUACUGUUUAUGGCGAAGUCGUCUUCGAAAGCGCCUAUUCGUGUGGCAUUGUUCUGUAAAAGUGGGAGUGUAAUGUAAACCCAUCUCCAUUCUGUAAGAACCAUUUCUCCGAAAGGUUUUUGUUUAAGAGUUUGCCAUUCAAUGCAUUGUUCUAGAGAAGAUUAGGCUUUACCACUUUCCGAUAGAUAUUCGGUUUUACUUUCAGCCAUAGAGCGGGCUGAGAGAGAUAGACAUCCAGGCCUUACUUUCCCCACAUUCAAGAGAAAGAUCCAGGCUAUACUUUCCCCCAUUUUCACUUUCCUUGAGUAGAUACUAGAUAUAUAUGUUGCGGCAUCAAAAUCAUUAUGACUUGGUCUUCAAGACUGAUAUAACAACAAAGAAUCCACUAACGAAUAACGAAUAUAUGAUAUGAUACUGAUAAUGAUAUGUAUGCAAAAAAGAAAACAGAAGAUUCAAGAAUUUAUGUUUAGCCACAGUCCUCAUUAAAACGAAGAACUUUAAGCAGAAAAAGUAUUAAAUGUAUAAAGAAACAAAACCAUGUAAAAUGUAAGCCAUUCCUGAUAUUCAUAUUUCAAAUGAACAAGUGUUUUAUUUUAUUUUAUUUUGUUGUAACCAUGAUUAUGAUUAUUUGUAUUUGUUCGAUGUACAAACAGAAAAAUUGCAAUGCUUUCGAUUCGAUUUUUUUCUAUAUAUGUUGGCCUUUGAGGCAAAAAGAUAUCGAUAUCGAGAUAUGAGAGAGAGUUAGGAGAAAAUUGAGAACAGGUGAAGAACAGAUGAAGAUGAAAAAGAUCAUGUAAACGCCACAACUACAAUUAAUUUUCCUACUUUAAUUAAGUUUGUUAGAAUUUAUAGCUUAGAAAAAACAAAAACAAAAAACAAAACUAAACGAUCCAUUCAUUAAUCUAAAUAUAAUAAUAAUAUAAUACUACCUAAAUCUAUCUGUAAGAGCAGCAUAUACAUAUAUUUAGAGGUCAAAUCAACUGUGUGUUGUGAUAUGAACUAAUUUAUAAUACCAAGCAAAAGACAACCAACCAACCAACCGACCCCCCAAAUGAUAAAUUGCUUGAUCCCAGACAACACAUAUCCAUCCCACUCUCAGUCUCGCAGAAACCACAUUCAUAGCAGAACAGAUGCAGAAAACGUUGAUAUCAUUAAAAAGUAGUGAAGGAAAAAAAAAACAAAAUCCAAAAUUAAAAUUUUCAAAACAAAAACCAUGAAAAAUUAUAAAGAAUUAGCCUUAAGCUAAAGACAAUUUCCAGAGAUUCCAAACAAAAGCAAAAUUACUUAAACACACAGCGAGUUGUAUGCGAUGCGUCAAUAAAAAUCCCUAAAAAUA